AUGUCAACAGCAAGCUCAAGUUUUGCUCUGAUUUCUAAAUAUAUCGCUAUUUACGCCGGCACUCCGAUUUUUAUUUUGGGAGUCGCCGGUGGAGUGUGCAAUCUUAUUGUUUUCUUAAGCCUUCAAACAUUUCGGCAAAGCUCAUCAGCGAUCUUUCUGACGGUGAUGUCGUUUGUCAAUAUUGGCCAAUUAGUUACGGGUCUGUUGUCACGUAUAAUGAUAUCAGGAUUUGAUAUUGAUUGGACGCGAACAUCAGAAUUCUAUUGUAAAUUUCGGAUUUUUUGUUUACAAUUCUGUGCAUUAUCAUCGUACACGUGUUUAUGCUUAGCAACGAUCAAUCAAUUCAUGGCUACUUCGUUUCGCAUUCGUUGGCAGCAGUGCUUUGAUGUCAAACGGGCGAUCAUUGCUUAUGGAAUCUUUCUCAUUAUCUGGAUCGCUCAAGGUAUCCCAGCUAUCGUAGCAUUCAAUUUAAGCUACAAUACACAAACAAAAACAGUUAGCUGUACGAUAACUGAUGCAAGCUAUUCGCCAUAUUAUUCCUACGUUUAUUUACUUAUUCUUCAAGGAGUUUUACACUUGGUCAUUGAUACCACGUUUGGAUCGUUGGCUUAUUGGAAUGUUCGACAGAUCCCUUAUCGAACGGUGCCUCUCGUUCGACGAGAAUUGGAUAAACAACUGACAAGUAUGGUACUCGUUCAAGUUGUUUAUAAAACCAUUGUUGUCGUACCCUAUGUCACCAUCUUAUUUAUACUUUACACAGCCGAUUUAAGUAAAUUGGCUCUUUCAACUGUACAAUUGAAUUUCUUGAAUUUCAUCACAGGAAUGAUUUAUUAUUUAAACUUCGCGAGUCCAUUUUAUAUUUAUAUGUGUGUGUCAAAACGAUUUCGACAGCAGUUCAUCUAUGUGGUAUCAAGUAUUUACUAUGGAAAAGCAAAGCAACAACCUGCCGGAAUCAAUGAAGUCACUCCAAUUGAAUGA